UGGGGAAGCCGCUCUUUAAAUAGAGGCGGUGCAGGGCACCUCGGCUACCCACUCGCCUUCCCCUGGUCUGGGCACAUCAGCUCCGCCUCUCUCCAGCUGCGGCAUCGCCUCUUUUCGCCUUCUGGCCUCAAGGCACUGGAAAUCCUCGUCGCCGUACCAGUCAUGUUUGAAAUUAAGAGAAUCUGCUGCAUUGGUGCUGGGUACGUUGGUGGGCCGACAUGUAGUGUCAUUGCACACAUGUGCCCCAAAGUUACGGUCACAGUUGUUGAUGUCAACGAAGCCAGAAUCAGAGCGUGGAAUUCUGACACACUUCCAAUUUAUGAGCCAGGGUUAAAAGAAGUCGUUGAGUCCUGUAGAGGGAAAAACCUCUUUUUUUCCACCAAUAUUGAUGAUGCCAUCCGAGAAGCUGAUCUCGUGUUUAUUUCUGUGAACACCCCAACAAAGACCUACGGCAUGGGAAAAGGCCGGGCAGCAGACCUGAAAUACAUUGAGGCCUGUGCAAGGCGGAUUGUGCAGAACUCGAAUGGCUAUAAAAUUGUGACUGAGAAAAGCACCGUCCCUGUCCGCGCUGCAGAGAGCAUCCGACGUAUAUUUGAUGCCAACACCAAACCCGACUUGAAUUUGCAGGUCCUGUCUAACCCAGAAUUCCUAGCAGAGGGCACAGCAAUUAAAGACCUGAAGAAUCCAGACCGAGUGCUGAUUGGGGGAGAUGAGACUCCUGAGGGCCAGAAAGCAGUUCGAGCUCUGUGUGCUAUCUAUGAGCAAUGGGUGCCCAAAGAGAAAAUCCUUACAACCAAUACCUGGUCAUCUGAACUUUCCAAACUGGCAGCUAAUGCUUUCCUUGCUCAGAGAAUCAGCAGCAUCAAUUCCAUAAGUGCUCUCUGUGAAGCAACAGGUGCUGAUGUAGAAGAGGUAGCAAGGGCCAUUGGGAUGGACCAAAGAAUUGGAAAUAAGUUCCUGAAAGCCAGUGUUGGAUUUGGUGGUAGCUGCUUUCAGAAAGAUGUUCUGAAUUUGGUUUAUCUUUGUGAGGCUUUGAAUUUGCCAGAAGUAGCUCGUUACUGGCAACAGGUGAUUGACAUGAAUGAUUAUCAGAGGAGAAGAUUUGCUUCCCGGAUCAUUGACAGCUUAUUUAACACUGUCACCGACAAGAAGAUUGCUAUUUUGGGAUUUGCAUUCAAAAAAGACACUGGAGACACAAGGGAAUCAUCUAGCAUCUACAUCAGCAAGUAUUUAUUGGAUGAAGGUGCAAAACUACAUAUCUAUGACCCCAAAGUGCUGAAAGAACAGAUAAUUCUGGAUCUUUCCCACCCAGGUGUAUCUGAGGACGAUCAAGUGUCUCGACUAGUCACCAUUAGCAAAGACCCCUACGAAGCAUGUGACGGAGCUCAUGCCCUCGUCAUCUGCACAGAGUGGGACAUGUUUAAGGAGCUGGACUAUGAGCGCAUUCACAAAAAAAUGUUGAAGCCGGCUUUCAUCUUUGAUGGCAGGAGAGUCCUUGAUGAACUUCAUAAUGAACUACAACGCAUUGGCUUCCAGAUUGAGACAAUUGGAAAGAAAGUAUCAGCUAAGAGGAUUCCAUUUGCUUCUUCUUCUGACAUACCAAAGUUUAGCCUGCAAGAUCCUCCCCUGAAAAAGCCGAGAGUAUAGGUUUUAAAUUAGUAACAAAGGGGGUUAUUAUAGCAGAACUUCUUCUGUGAGCUAUAAUCAGUAUCAGUUUUAAAAUAAUAAGGGGCACAAUUCAGCCACUUAGGCCUAGUUAUUUCUGUGGAAGGUGAGCACCUUAAACGAAAUGAUUGGGGAAUAAGAAGUGCUUUGCUGGAUUGUGCUCAGUAUGUUCUCAUAAUGAAGACAAUUUUACAUAAAGAGUAUAAAAGUACUUGGGCACAUUUCAAACCAGAAUCUAUUUUGUAAUCUCUAUUUUUAUAAUAAUGGAACCUCUUGUCAUUUUUAUGGUAAAAACUGUACAGUUAAGUGAUUUUUAGUAAUAUUUUUAUAUGAAGAACACAUUGGCUUCAAACUUCAGCCUUCUUCUUUAUAAAAGGUUCACAAAACUGUUUUAAAAUCCC